CGGUGCAGGCUCGAAGGGCCGAAUGGCCUACUCCUGCACCUAUUUUCUAUGUUUCUAUUUCUGAUGUAGGGUCAUUGAUCUGAGAUAUUAGGUGUGCUUCCCUGUUGCUGCUCACUAUUUAGCAUCACAUUAUUGACCUCCACAUUUCCCUUAUUUAGAAAGACUUGGCGAAGCUCCACCAUAAGACUUGGCAGACAGCACAUUUAAACUACAUUACCCACAGGGCGUUGCCUCCACGUGUCCAUACCUGACGACUCUAAACGUAAACGCGCAUGCGCUUCUCUCCGAACUCGGCCGCUCGUAAGGUCGUGACCCGCGUUACCGAGGAUCGCAGGCGCGGUGGACUACAGCUCCCAGCAUGCCCAGCGCUGAGGACAUGAUCUUGUCGGCCAAGGGAGGAGAUGCAGAGCAGAGAUCAUAGAGCGCUCCAUGAUCUUUGAUGCAGAGAAGAGAAUGGAUGAGGAAGAGGCUUGGCGAUAGUGGGAGGAAGUGUGUAUGAGAAAUAGAAAGAGAGAUAUAGAGAGAGGUAUAGGGGCAUAUUAACAUAUAUAAAUAGAGAGAGAGAGCGGUAGUGAAGGGGAAAGUGAAAAGGAGGGAAGGAGAAGAAGAGAGGGGGAAAGGAGGAGGAACAAAUGAAUACAAUAGCGAUAGAUAGAUAGUUAUACAAAGGAAUGAGAUCUGGGGUAUUAGAUACUGGGACACAUGGAUAUUGGAGAUUAAGAAGGAAAUAUAAUCAAAGCCAAUGUGGGUGGGAGGGCAGGCAUUAUAUUGGUGUUCAGCAGAGCCAGCGGGGAGGGAGGAGGGGUAAAAGCUCACUGAAAAUCUUGGCUUUCUAAUGGCAGUUCAGAAGGGAAAUGUUGCAUUGUAAAGUUGGGUUUGCACAGACUGGUUUGAAGUGACAGGAGAGUGAUAAAGUAGUAGGUUGUAGAUGAGUGAUACAAAACAUUGUGUUAAUAGAAUAAUAUAGUGAAUAGAUGAUAAAAUAACUGAUUUAGAAAACGGUAUCACAGCUAUAGGUACAGUGAGAGGAAGCUGGAUAUAGUGGAAGUAUAUGGAUAAAAAAAAGGCUGUAAUAUAAAGAGACUUCCUACAGUAUAACAGAUGGAAGGGCAGCCAGAAUGAACACUAGGCAGGAGUAGUGAAGAAGUCACAACUUUAAAGAGUCCUAGGAAGCAGGUCAAAGAGACAUGAACUGCUUCUGUCAUAUUAAAGGGGUUUCCAUUGAAACUGAAUUCAUACAAAACACCAAUGAGUUUCUAUAAUUAGGUAUGGUGUGUGAAAUUUCCAUAUUACUUUCAACUGAACAAUGAUUGUAUUCCCAGUUACUGUUGCUUGUUUUAAUCUGGAUUGACACUGGGGUUAAGGUAAGUACGGAUCAGGGAGGGACUCGAUUUGAAACUGAUUAACAUACGAUUGGUUAAGUCUAACAUCUAUUUAUUUUUUCUCUUUGUCAUAGUAUAUCGAGACAUACACAAGCAAAUUGGCUGACUUUAAUUUGAAGAGGUUUCAGAACCAGUUCUGGCAAAGGAAAGCCAGUUAUGAUGUCCAGCUCUUGACAAAUUAACUGUAUAACGUAGGAGGUUUGUGCUAACUGUGAGACAAAAUGUUAUAAGCGCAUUGGACUGCAAGAAACCAUGGAAACAGAGGUCCCAAGUUUACCUGUGGAGGUCAUUUGCUACAUCCUGAGCUUCUUGUCAACAUCAGACAGGAAGGAGGCAUCACUGGUAAACACAGCCUGGUAUGCUGCCUCCCUGGAUCGUAGUCUCCAGAAAAAUGUCAUCUACAAUUUUCAUGCAUCAUCUGCUUGUCUGGAGUCAAUCAGAGAUUUAGGUUGGAGGCAAAGUCCAAGUGUGGCUCUGAGAAAUUUCGAUGGGGUACCCAUUUCAAAUACGGUCAUUCAGAGCAUUAUGCUCCACCUGGCUCCAAAUCUGGAGAACCUGUCUCUGAGGGGCAGUUACAUCAGCGAGUCCUCGUUUGUGUCCCUGAUCACAUCAUGCCAUAACCUGCGAGGACUCGACAUCACUGGCUGCAACUGCCUUUUCAUGAGUGGCAUCUUGCUGUACAAAGACAAGAGCAAAGCGAUGAUGGCUGAAGCCCUGGUAAACCUCCAAGAACUCAACCUCUCCAACCUAUCGUACCUCUCUGACCUGACCUUCAAUCGACUUACCGAGUGCACACCCAACCUCCGAAAGCUAUCUCUUGCCAGCUGCCACAUUACCUUUGGGUUUGAUCCCUACCGAGGAAUGAGCGUAUUCAAUUCGACUGCUUUACUCUCGUUUAGUAACAUUCUCCAUUUUAUAAAUGGACAGGCAGCCACAUUGAAGGCCUUAAACCUUAGUCGUACCACAAUCACUAACGAGGCGGUGUGGUCGAUAGUUCAAGUUGCUGGGCUCUGCUUGGAAGAGCUGACACUUCAGCAUUGUAGAGACAUUACGGAUGAAGCGGUUUCUGCCAUCUGUGCGUGCCAGCCUGGGCUCACUACGCUGGAUCUUGCUGGCUGCUCUGAGCUGAUGGGAAAAUCGGUUUUGGCCAUAGUUUCAAGCCUACAGUGCCUGGAGAGCCUGUCCCUGAGCAGGGUCAGGAACAUCACGGACAGCGUGCUGAAGGAACUCGCCACAAUACCGACCCUCCAAGCCCUUGAUGUCUCUGAGUGCUACCAAGUCAAUGGUUAUGACCUGAUCAUGGGAUUAGCCUCGCCUAAGGCGGGGUCGAAACUAUCGAGGCUCAACUUCAGCUGCUGUACCAUGGUGAAUGACAGUUGCGUGUUCUCAAUGGCAAACGUCUUGGGCGGCAGACUGCGAGAGCUGGACCUCACGUCCUGUGUGUACAUCACCGACAUCAGUGUGUGUGCCAUUGUUUACCACCUCAGGGGUCUGACCGUGCUGCGUCUUGGCUGGUGCAAGGAGAUCACAGACUGGGGUCUGCAGGGAAUGAUUGCAUCCAACAAUGACAGCGAGUCAUACAGUAAGGGCGAUUGUGAGCCAGAGUUGAGCAGGAGCUUCGGUAAUAUGGGAUUUUUUACUCCUCCCAAAUAUUUGAACGAGCAGCCUGAAGUCGUAACUGAAUCUGACAUUGAGGCCUCCAAGGAGCAAGAACGAGCUUCACUCAGUUCAUUGACACGUCUGAAGGAGCUCAGUCUGACUGCCUGUACCAAACUAACAGAUACCAGCAUAAUAAAGGAAAUCCGCUUUGAGGAGCUAAGGACCCUGUCACUGAGCAUGGUACGUGAGAUAACGGAUGAGAGCUUCAUCUCUAUUACGACGCACUGCCGUAGCCUGGAGCGACUGUCUCUCAGCCACUGUAGCCGACUGACUGACCAAGGGUUGAUUGGCGCUGCAAGCCACUUGAAGAAGCUGACUCACCUCGACAUCUCCUGCUGUGAUAAGAUCACCAGCCAGAUGCUGAAGGUCCUCAUGAAUGAGUGCAAGUGGCUGAAGAGUUUGGACGUCUCCAUGUGCGGUGGGCUGACUGUUGCGGACAUUGAACAACUUCAGCUACUCCACCCCACUCUCACUAAUGUCCAGGCGAGGUGCUUGGGUGGAGAUGACCUGCCCCUAACAUUGUGAACAAAGACUGAAUGAAAGACUUGAGGCUGCAGAUGCUGGAAUCCAGAGCAAAGGUUGAGCUGCUGGAAGAACUCGGCAGGUCGGCAGCAUCUGUGGGGAGCAAAGGGAUGGUCAAUAUUUUGGGUUGAGACCCUGCUACAGAACUGAGAAUGUAAACAAAUGAUAGCCUGUAUAAAGAGGUGGGGAAGGGGGAAGGAUGAGGCAGGAGUUGGAAAGCGAUAGGUGGUUUCAAGUGAGGAGGGUUUGAUCGGCAGAUGGAGGGUUGGAAAUAGCAACAGGCUGGGGGUUGAUAAGUGAAGACCACGAAGGAAUGCAGAUGAAGAUGGACACAACAUGCUGGAGUAACUCAGCGGGACAGUCAGCAUCUCUGGUGAGAAGAAAUGGGUGAUGUUUCUGGUCAAGACCCUUCUGAAGUCUGAAGAAAGGUCUCGAACCGAAACGUCACCCAUUCUUUCUCUCCAGAGAUGCUGCCUCUCCCGCUGAGUUACUCCAGCAUUUGUGUCAAUUUUUUGUGUAAACCAGUAUCUGCAGUUCUUUCCUACACACACAAGAAUACAGACGAUGGACUCUGAUCAGAAAGGAUGGUGAUGAGAGGAACCAGGUAGGGAAAGGAUGGUCGGCAGUUUGGAACAGUAUGGGGAGCAGAUUGGUGAUCCAGUGGGUUGUGUGUGGGUGAUAGCCAGGUGGAGGCAGGUAGGGAAUGGGAAACUGGGUAAUGGGGUUGGGCUUGGAAAGAAGGGGGUCUGUAAAAGGAAUGGGAUGGAUCAGAAGGAGCAAGAAAGGAACAGUAGAGUGCAUGUUACUUGUAAUUGGAGGAUUCAAUGUUCACACCAUUGGGUUGCUGUUCUUCUAGUUUGCAUUUGGCUUCAUCCUGAUGGUGGGGGAGGCGAGGAUAGAGGAGUCAGUGUGGGAAUGGAGAGGGGAGUUAAAGUGGCUUGUAACAGGGAAUCCAGUUGCAGGGACUCGCCCCAAAAUAACAAACAGCCUCAUGCCUCUGUAGAUGCUGCCUGACCCACAGAGUUACUCCAGUACCUUGUUUCUUGCUCAAGUUUAAAAUACAACUGUUUCUUGUUUCUUGUUUCCUGUUACCUCACGCAGCCAAAACCUGGCUUCCAAACUCAGAGUAAGUGCUUCAUGUAAUGCAACUCCACUCCUGGUUAUUCUCACAUCUAAUUGCAGGCAGUUUGGCAUGUUAUUAGGGUGAGAUGUGGUAAGGUAGGGUCCUAAGAUCGAGCAUAAACACUUUAAACUCUGCACAGGGACCAAAUUAUUUAAUGUGUACAGGGACAGAGUUGAAUGUUGCAAUUGCCCUUGUAUAAAGUUCCAAGUUCCAGAUCACUAUUCCAAUUAGAUCCUUUUUGCUGGAUAUGGAAAUUGAAUUUCCAUGAUGUUGCACUUAUCCAAUAACCGACUGAAUGGCUAGUGUGAAAUGGAAAAUAGUCCUGUGGGGAACAGACUGUUGGGGCAAUAGGUAUCCCACAAGAGUCAGUGUUAAGAAACGGGUUUCAUGUUAUUUGUUCUUAAAUUACAACCAUUGGUUUUCAUUGUGUUUUAAACUUGUUUCCUAUUCAGUAUCAUAUUUGUACCUUGUACUUGCACUCCUGGGUCACUGGUAAAUUGUUAUUAGAUGGCAGGGUCGGCACCUUGCCCUCCGUUUAAACACAUUCCACCUUAUCGUCAAAUCCAUUGUGAAUUUAAGGGUUUAGCAGGAAAUUGAUGUGAUGAUAUUUUGAAGUAUUAACUACCAUUAGGUGAACUUGUGGGAUUGUUUUUAGUUCCCAAUUUGCCUAGGAUAAGAUGAAAUCUCAAACCUGUACUAUUUGAAAUAAAGCACAUUAUCUAAUGUGUUUUGUCGCGGUGUCUUAGCUUGUUGGUAAGGUUGGGACGUGUGUGAAAACACCAAAUAGCAGCUUAGCUGUUACUGCUUCCCUUUAACCUGUAUUUGUCACAGAUUCAAGAGUUUGUAUGUUAUCUUUGGUAACAAACAAAUGGCUUCCACAAACUCCAAGGACGCGGCUACCGGAUGCUUGGGAAAACAGCCACUCCCAAGUUGCCUCCAUCACUAACUAUUCUGAUUUGAACACGUAAUGCUGUUCUGUAAUUGUUGUUGGGUCAAAAUCCCCAAAGCCCCUAGCUAAUGGGUUUAUCUUGACCAAAAGUGUAGAUUGGCUAUUUCAUACCAGCCAAUUAUAGUUGUGGCUCCGCCUAGUAUAUGCUUUAUAGUAUCAAAAGUUUGCUUACGUUAGCUAGUAGCAGUAGCAGCUUGGAGCUGUAACGUAUGCAAAUCCUAUGCUGUAAGUGAUUUAAUAAACAUGUGUUCGUGUCA